AUGGAUGACGAUGUCCAUGUGUAUAACAGCUAUGGCAAAAAAUACGAAGUACCCAGAAGACGCUUGAGGUCAUUUGCCGAGCUUCUGAUCGGAGAUCAUAUCGCAUUCCAUCGACAUUGCGGUUCCUACUGGCAUCAUGCAAUAAUCGAAGAGAUCCACUCGGAGACAGGCACACUCGACAUCAUCGAGUAUUCCAAUACAGUUGAAGGGUUUUGGAACGACAACUUCGGCUCAGAAGACUCAUCAAACUCCUUUUCACUACGUAUCGCAAAGGUGAUGAGGAGAAGUUGGAGACCAAAUUUCCAAGAAGACCAUGUUUACUUGGUGGUACACACAGAUUGUUUAGAUCCUGCCAUUGUGAUUUAUAGAGCAAGGAGUAAGCUCGAGAAUGCGAACUACAGCCCCAUCAAAAAUAAUUGUGAACACUUUGCCAUGUGGUGCAAAACGGGUAAAGAAUCUUCCGACCAGAUUAAAAAAGCUUGGCUAAUGAUGAAAGAUGAAUUAUUUGGUGGAGCAGUGAAAAACGGAGUCAAAGAGGCAACAGAGGAAGUGGCAACCGAGGCUAUGGUCAAAGCGGCAGCCGAGGCUAUGGUCAAAAUGACAAAUGAGGCAGCGAAAACCGGAGGCAAGAGAGUGGCGAGCCGAAGUCUUGCACAGACUGGAGAAUAUUCCCUUAAAACUGGAGUUGAAGAAGCUGUAAAGAAAACUACUUCAAAGGCAGGAAAAGGAGUCUUGAAAACUAAUUCUGCAGCCUUA